GUUAACUGAAAAUCCGGACCAGACUAGCAGGUCAUUAGGGGCUCGCGGGUCUGAAGUCAGGGGUGCUAGCUCAUGUGCAGAAGACCCUCUCCCUGUUUCCAGGCUAGAUAUCAUAUCUCAGUUUGGUGUGUCUAAAGGGUCAAAAAUGGGUGGUACCUCUAGGUGUGUCAUUAAGCCAGAUGUACGCAAUGGAACUGAUUGGUCCUUUUCGGCAUUUGGGUAUGAGUUUCCUAUGGACGAAAUGCCAGUGAUCCGCGUUGUGAAUGCAGAUGCAGAUGGAUAUAUCAGUCCAACCGAAUGGGAAGAUUGCAUUGAUGGAAAUGAAAUUCAGAGUGACGACGAUGUAUUGGAGUACAAGACGAGAAUCGUUCCCACAGAUCCUGGUUUGGUCAUGGGUACAAGUGGUACUAGUGUUGUCUUAGAUGACACGUCUUUGUUGCCAGUGACAUUGUCAGGUGACCCCCCAUUGCUGUCAACUUUGUCAAGUGACUCAACAUUGUUGCCAACCGUGCAUACCGGUGAAAUGGUGACCAGAGUUUUGAGUAACUCUACAAGGUUGUCAACCACCGAUUCCAGUGGAUUGGUGUCGAUAGUCACGAGUAACCCAGACAUGUUGCCAACCACAGAAUCCAGUGAAUUGGUGAUUGUCAUGGGAAUUCUAAUCUCCCUAAAAACCUUAUUCCCUCGACCAACAAUGACAGCAGUGAUAGCUUAGCUGUUAUUCCGAGUGUCUCUAUUGUGGGUGUUAAACG